CGUGUGGUCUGCGAAACGCCGGCACUUGCAGCCUCGCGAGUGCGAGUGCAACGGAUUGCCAUGCCUGCCGACCUUUCAAGGCGACGACGGUAGCUUAGGCCGCGCCGGGCAGCCACCCGUCCGGCGGGCAGCCCAGGCUGCCAGGAUGUCCACGGCGACGGGCGCGCCCACGGCGGCGCCGAGCCAACCUGUGCUCACCGAUGAAGAACGGGACACCGUCGAACUACCGUUGUGGUCCAUCGCGCUCGGGUUGGUUUUGGGCCUGUUGGGCUCGGUGGCCAUCAACACGGGCAACAAUUUGCAGUCCAUGGGUCUCAAAGAAUUACAAAAAAGGGAGGAGCUCGACGAGCUCGACAACGGCGGUAGUGACGAGGCCGAGAAGCCCGCGCGCGAGCCGAGCGAGUCGCGGACCUGGGUUAUUGGUACCACUGUUUUUGUUACCGGUGCUUUGUUAAACUUCGCGUCGUAUGCGUUUGCUCCCUCGGUCAUGCUCGCGCCCUUGGAAUCCAUCCAGUUCGUGACGAACAUCAUUUUCGGACGCGUCCUCCUGAAGAAGAAGAUUCGGAAACGAAUGAUGGCCGGCACGGUUCUGAUUUGCGGCGGCACGCUCCUGGCCGUCUUGACCGCGGGCCUGUCGAAACCUACGGCCCUGUCGGGCCGGCCCCACUCCUUGAAAAGGCAGUACAUGGGCGAGACGGUGAAUUCGGAGUUAUAUUUAGCAUAUCUGGCCCUGUCGGUCGUGUCGGCCCUCUUCCUACACUGCGUCCACAAGCGCUACGACGCGGCCUUUAAGAAGGGCACGCCGCUCCCGGCGCACCGGUACGUCGCGCCGGCGUCGUACGCGGCGUUCUCGGCUAUAUUUGGGGCGCAGAGCGUCGUCCAGGCGAAGUGUCUGGCCAUUUUGAUUUUGUAUUAUGUCGACCGGAGCGAGCCCGGGGGAUUACAAGGCUUCGGGAACAUGUUUUUGAAUUAUUGGACGUACGUGACGCUGUUUGCGUGGGUGUUUUUCGUCGCCGUCUGGCUGUACCGCAUGAACGAGGCCCUGGGGCUCUAUGAUCCCAUCUUCAUCAUACCCUUGCUGCAGGCGGGCUUCAUCAUUUUCGCGAUCAUUUCGGGAGGUAUCUAUUUUGGGGAAUUUUCGCGGUUCGAGCCGGGCCACUGGCUCUUCUUUUGCUUCGGGAUUGUUUUUGUGUGCGUCGGCCUUCCCCUCUUAUCGCCGAAGGACCCCUCGUCCCCCAAACCGCCGGACAUACGACGGAUACAGCCGCUGACGAGCGUCCCGGAGGGCGAGCCGAAGACGCCGACGCUCGACCUGGCCGCGCUCGAGGAGUCCGGCCGGGCGCGGCGGUCGCCGUCGCUCGACGGGUCGCCCAAGGCCCGGGCGUCCCUCGGCGACCGGCCGUCGUCGCGGCCGUCGUCGGGCAGCUCGUCGGGCCGCUUCGGCCUCACGGGGAGCGGCACGUCGCGGCGGCUCCUGUCGCACGUCGCCGUCACGUCCGUCGCGUCGUCGCACAACUUCGGGAGCCCGCGCGCCGUGACGGCCAAGGGGAGCAGCCGGCGGUCGCUCGACGGCGACUCGCGGCGGAGCCUGGACGGGGAGCUGCAGCGCGCCGAGGACGGCGAGAAGAAGGACCCGAGCAUGGCGACGAUCUAGGAACAUAAUACAUAGG